AUGAAGCUCUCUACUGGUCUUCUUCUGGUCCUCGGUGGCGCUGAUGCCCGACGAUGGGUUCGACGAGGACGACAAGCCGAUCCAACUACUGUGACCACGUCAACCUCUGCUACUACUACAACCGCUACCACAGAGACAACGACGACUACUGUUGCGCCUCCAACCGCUGCAGCAGGUACUUUCCUGGACCAAAUCUCCGGCGCCGACAUCAGCUUCAAUGACGGGACCAACAACAUCAACAUCAUGCCAAUGGCAGAUGGAACUGUCAUGGUCGUUUUCACUAACAACGCAAAUAAUCUCGUCACUGCUACUUCCCUGGCAACUGUUGAUGAAGCUGGUCAGAUGCUUACUGGUUUGAGCGGUCUUCCAGAUGGAUCAACAACCGCUACUUGGGAUCCAGCUCUUGGUCAAUUCACAACCGAUACCGGUGCUAUCUGGUCUGGCGGUGCAGCUCAGACCACAACUUCUGGACCAGCUGUUGUUUCUACCACUGCUCCCGGCGGUGCUUCCACUACCGGUGCCGGUGGAAAUCCAUAUGCUCCAGGAAUGUCCACUACAGCCGCUCCUGGCGCUGGUGGAUCAACUCCAUACGGUGGUGGGUCUGCAGGAUCAACUACUCCAUACGGCGGAAGCUCUGGUGGCUCAACUGACUCUUACGCCCCAGCUGGAACUGGAUACAUUGCCAAUGAUCCCCACGUUCGAGUGACCAACGAAAUCGGGCAAGCAAUCUGCUACGAUCUUCCCGGUGAUGGACUUAGCUUCAUCAGUCUUCUCAAGGACAACGAAUCCGGCCUUGAAGUCAAUGGUUUCAUUUCCAACACUCACAAGCACCGACUCUCUGGAAUCGGCAUCAAGACACCCGCUGGCGUUGAAAUCGCCAUUGACUCUCACCACGUUACCGUUGGUUUCGACGGUGAUGUCGAGGGAGACUACAACUACGAUUCUUACAUGAAGGUCCAGACUGACGAUGCUGUCGUCGAAAUCACUUCCAAACUCGAAGCUAAGCAUCAGGGUGUUUUCGUCGAGCUUGAUGAUGGAACCUUCUUCCACAUCGACGAGAAAGAUAUCAAGGAUACCCUCAAGUUUGUCAUUGCCAAGUCUAAUGGUCUCUCUAACCAUCUCUCCGGAAUGCUCGGGCAAACCAUCCAGCCACAAGACUUCCGAAUCCACCCCGAUGGAUCUAUCGAAGUUGAAGGCCGAUGGAUCAUGCAAACUACUCUUGAUGCCAAGCACUCUUGCUUCCGAAUCCACGAAUGGGACAUUCACAACUUCCUGGGACACAACCCCGCAGACUACGCCGUCGAAAACAUGUUCGCUACACUCGACCACCCAUGGGCCUCUAUUACUGCUCAACUCGAGGAGGACUCGACCCCAAAAUAA